AGCGAGCCACCGAAUUUUGUUUUGGUGGUUUUGAAGGCAAUUUCUUUGCAGGCCGGCUAUAAACGGGAACACCCGAAAAGCCCGAUUCCAGUUUUGCUCAACGACGUCGUGUUUGCAGUACAUGCUUUUAUGGCCUGUAUUGUUACUGCUGUGCAAUGCUUUAUAUAUGAGCGCGACAAUCAACGGAUUUCAAAGAUAUGCAUGGUGCUGGCUUCACUGCUGAUUCUCUUCGCCGCAUGUUCAGGAUUAGCAAGCCUAUUCAGUCUCAUCAACAUUCUUCAAUUCGUCGCUUGUUUCUCGUAUAUAAAAAUGGUUGUCACUCUGUCCAAGUACUUCCCGCAGACGUACUUCAACUUCAAACGAAAAAGCACAGUUGGCUGGUCCAUUGGCAACGUACUUCUGGACUUCACUGGCGGCUCACUAGACAUUCUACAGAUGGUGCUACAGUGCGUCAACGCUGACAACUGGGUUGCUUUCUACGGAAAUCCCGUCAAAUUUGGACUGGGACUAGUGUCGAUAUUCUUCGAUAUUAUUUUCAUGAUACAACACUAUGUGUUGUAUAGAGGUGUGAAAGUAGUUCACGCCCAAUAUGAGGGCAUCGAGAAUCCUGUGGCACCUCAAAGCCCAGAAUCAACGCCAUCAGAUCACGGAAGUAUCAAUCAAUCACAAGCUCCGAUAUUACGCGACGUGCAAUUUUGA